AUGGACGUGAAACUGUCCGAAUCAAAAGGCAUACUAGGUGUGUUUAAGCCACAUCGAGACAAGGAAUAUUAUGCACAGUUGAAACAAGUUCAACCGGAUUUAAGUCGAAUGACCUAUAAUGAGCUGAAGGUGGCCACAAUGCGUGCUUUCACCACCAUCAACUCCCUCGAUGGUAAACUUGGUUCUAGCGAAUACCGUGAAGCGUAUCAAGAUUUGGUCGGUGCUGAAGGAUUCCGACGGACGCAAUCGAUACACCAGUGCACUCAAGGCAAUCCGAUAACCAUUUUAGAUCAAGAUAUGAACAGACUGCCGAAAAUUAACAACUCGAAAUGA